GCAGCAGCAACAGCAGCAGACCCAGUCCAGAAAACUCUACCACCAACAUGAAAUUCCUGAUCGUCCUGAGUGCUGUCGUGGCCGUGGCCCUGGCCAAGCCCGGCUUCCUGGGGGCGGGCGUCGCCGCCCCCGCCUACGCCGCAGGCCUCGCUGCCGCCGUCCAGCCCGCUCCCGUCUAUGUGGGCGGCAUCCACCCCGGCCUCGCCGCCUACGGCCCGGCCAACAUCGUCGUCGGGCCCGGCGGCUACAACCUCAACGCCCCUGACGUCGCCGCCGCCAGAGCCGCCCACCUGACAGCCGUCGCCCAGACGAGGGCCCGCGACGCCGCCAUCAACGGCGCCGCCCUCGCCGCCGCCUCCGCCGCAGCCUACGGCGCCUACGCCGCCCCCGCUGUUGUCGCCGCCCCCGCUGUGGCUGCCGUCGCCCCUGCCUACGCUGCCCCCGCGGCUGUCGCCGCCCCUGGCCUGCUGGCCGGUCCUGGAGCUCUCGCUGCUCUCAAGGCCGCCUACCACGGCUAACGAGGCAGGGCAGAGGGACAUGGUUCACCUGAUCCCACUCACUAUGUUGACACCUCACAGUCUGUGACAUCUGUACAAAAAUGUGAAGAGCAGUAAAUUAUUUUUU